GUCUUUAGCCCAUGGGUCAUGGCAUGAGUAGUUAAAUAAAAGAGUGGUGGGAUUCGCCUAGGGUUUUCGUCGCUCUCCCAUUCUCAAUUCUCGCCUGGACGACAUGGGGAGGAGACCUGCAAGAUGUUAUCGCCAAAUCAAGAACAAGCCAUACCCAAAAUCUCGAUACUGCCGUGGUGUCCCAGAUUCUAAGAUCAGAAUUUAUGAUGUUGGGAUGAAGAAAAAAGGGGUCGAUGAGUUUCCUUUCUGUGUCCAUCUUGUCAGUUGGGAGAAAGAGAAUGUCUCAAGUGAGGCAUUGGAAGCUGCUCGAAUUGCUUGCAACAAGUACAUGGCCAAAUUUGCUGGGAAGGAUGCUUUCCAUUUGAGAGUGAGGGUUCAUCCCUUCCAUGUUCUGCGGAUCAACAAGAUGCUUUCAUGUGCUGGUGCUGAUAGGCUUCAGACUGGUAUGAGGGGUGCUUUUGGGAAACCUCAAGGAACAUGUGCAAGAGUCAACAUUGGUCAGGUCCUGCUUUCUGUGCGUUGUAAGGACAGCAACAGCCAUCAUGCACAGGAGGCCCUCCCCUAG